UCAAGAACUGAGCGAGAAUCAUAGAGGCUUCUCUGCUGGCACUUCAGACCUCCAAAUGAAUGCACUUUUAUUCUUCCACAAACGGAUGCAGCUCUGGGGAGCAAGAUCUACCCAACUAAGUCUUUGCUCCACUCUAGUCGUUGAACUUUUAGGUCGACUGGUACAUGCGCUAGUCGCUGGGCGAAGCUUGGCUUCCCACGCCUACAACUGUGACCUACGCCACAGUCCGUACCUGCAUCAAUGGGGAAAGACCUCAAUAGAAAAACGCUGAUAACUGUCGGUGCCUUUCCCACCAGAAC